GGUAGACUCGAUCUAUUUUUGAAACUCGCGCUAACCCCAGUGGGCGGUGAGUGCGCUCUCACCCACGUGACCACGUGCCGCCAACGCGUGUAUCGCCUCUUUAUCCGCGAAGGCCCGUCGGUCUCUGUUCGAUUAGAGCGCUCAGCUAGUAGAUACGGUGCUCCAUCUGCGUGGCUCGGCCGAUGUCACGGAGAGAUCCGUCGCAUGGAGACUGUGCUAGCAUGAGACCCCAAUAUAGAUCCACAUAGACUUGCUCACGAUAUCAGGAUGGCAGAUACCUGCGCAAACCCUCUGUUGCUAGGGUGGAUCAAGGAAUGGCUGGAACAAGCCAGAGAGCGCAAUAGCAAAGGAUUCACUGUAUACAAGAAAGCAUAUGAUUCGAUGAAAGCAUGUCCUCUAGUUUUCAGCCAUCCGUCUGAAGCACAGCAGCUCAAUGGCCUGGGUCCCAAAUUAUGUGAGCGUCUGACGGAGAAGUUAAAGGCAUACUGUGAGCAGAAUGGGCUCCCAAUGCCAGAACCGCCGCACAAGGCGAACAAGCGGCCCUCAGGAGAGAACUUACCAGAUUCUGAACCGGUCAAGAGGCCUAAGAAAGCAAAGCCGUAUGUUCCGGCCUUACGCUCUGGGCCAUAUGCUUUACUCAUAGGCCUGGCAACUCUGAACGAGAAUUCGUCCCAGAGCAUGACCAAGGCGCAGCUCAUCGAAGCAGCUCAGCCUUAUUGUGACGCUUCUUUCACAGCUCCCAGUGAUCCUACUAAGUUCUAUACGGCCUGGAACUCGAUGAAGACCCUCAUCCAGAAGGAUCUAGUCUACGAGCACGGGCGACCGCUGAGGAAGUAUGCUCUGACAGAAGAAGGGUGGGAGGUCGCCAAGAGGAUUAAAAAGACUCUAGAAACGCGUCCCAAUGAACCUGUCGCACCCAGCACAACCUUAAGAGCUGAGCAACCUAUUAGGAAUACAGCAACACCAUCCGUCGCGCUGGACGAAGGCCCGGAUAUUGUACGGUUAGGGUCUGAAUCGCGUCCGCCGUCACUGCCUACGGAAUAUCAAGCGACUGGUCCUCAGUUGGUACAGAAUCCACCCACAAGAGCACCUGGAGAUCCUCGCGUCAGAACGAUCGUUCUCCCUCCCGGAAGCUUCACCGUCCAGCUGGUUCUGGACACCCGUGAAGUCCGGACAUCUACAGACAGAGAUUAUAUCUCCACCGAAUUACGCAAAAAGGGCAUCGUACCCCAAGUCCGUGCUCUGGAACUUGGCGACGCUAUCUGGGUAGCAAAAUGUCACGAUCCUCACUAUUUAUCCCGGUUUGGUGAGGAAGGCGACGAGAUAAUGCUGGAUUGGAUCGUGGAGCGGAAGCGGCUCGACGACCUCAUCGGUUCCAUCAAAGACGGACGAUUUCACGAGCAGAAAUUCCGUCUCCGCCGUUCAGGGAUGAAAAAUGUCGUCUACCUAAUCGAAGAAUUCGCUAUCACGCACGACUCAAGCCAUCCUUCCGCGGCAAAGUACCAAGAGCUAGUAUCAUCAGCCAUCGCGUCGACGCAGGUAGUCAAUGGCUACUUCGUCAAAAAGACCCGAAAUCUCGACGACUCAAUCCGUUAUUUGGCCCGUAUGACCGCUCUUCUACGACGCAUGUACGAACCACCUUCCGAAACAGCAACGAACGCAUCUACCGCCGUGAACCCGCCCACUUCUCUCGCUUUCAUGUCCAGUCACGACCUCUCCUCCGAGUCAUACCUACCUACUCUCAACCGCCUUCGAACAGAAAACCCACACACCACUAUUGCCAUCACCUUCGUCACUUUCUCCGCCCUCACCUCAAAGUCCGACGUCCUAUCAUUGCGUGAUGUCUUCCUGAAAAUGCUCAUGUGCACCCGUGGCGUGACGGGCGAGAAAGCUCUCGAGAUCCAGCGACGGUGGAAAACACCGCGGGACUUCAUCGAGGCAUUCGAGGCGCUAGCUGAUCCGAAGGAGAAGGAAGAAAUGAUCUCCGAGCGGAUGAAGACAAUUGUGGGGAGAAAGAAGAUCGCGAAAGUGCUGAGUAAAAAGCUUGCGGAGAUAUGGGGAGAACCCGGUUCCGGUUGAAUGAUCAUAGAGUGCUUUUACAUUAACGAACGGUUACACUUAAUAGACAACUACUUUGUCCCUCAUCUACUCGAUACGCAAUGAGUGUAGCGAUCACACUGGUUCCGGAACCUCUCUUAUUAUGAACAAGUAUAGUAUCAUUAAUCAG